AUGGCAGCUGAGGUGAAUGGCAGUUCCGCUCCGGUUAAGGAGGAAGACGAGCCCAUGGACAUAACUGUAACACACACAGAGAACUACCAGACACUCAUAGACGCAGGCCUUCCACAGAAAGUGGCGGAGAGCCUGGAUAAUAUAUUUCAGACUGGUAAGUGCAAGGGGGGGGGUGUUCACAGUACUUCUUGAUUGCAUUGCAUGAUAUUGUAUAUUUGUAUAUCUGCAAGCUCAAGAAGACUGUAUCAACCAAAGGAUUCCACCUUGGUCAGUGGUCAUAUGAUGUAAGUCACGUUGAGUGAAGGGGUCAGUGAGCAUUGAGCUCAUAGCUGUGUAAUGGUGGCAUGCAAAGAGUGCCCUCUCCCCCGGGCGAGGACAUUAUUAUGUUUCAGUGACUCUCACCAGGAAUGUAUGCCUUAGAUGUGACCCUAUAAAUAAAACGGUGGCUGCGGAUCCGACUUUUCCUGAACCUUUCUUCCCGACAACUAAAGGUCAGAGAGGGCCUGCGCAUGUGCACGAUUCUCCCAGAUGAUUUCUUAUGUAGCCGCUGCCCCCUCCUUCCUCUCUGCGGUGAUGAUCGGACAUCUUUGCCUGGUGUCGUCUACAAACUUCGACAUGUUGUACAAUAGACAUGAUCGACUUAUUGUACAACAAACUUUUUUGUCUGUUGUAAGAGUAGGCUAUUGCAAACAUAAGCACAACACAAAUAGGCAGUCUAAGUAACGAUUUCAUGUUCUAUUUUCAGGAGGCAGUACAUGCAGCUAUUUAGACAGCAUAUCAAACACAAGCUAGACACAGACAUGCAGUCUAAAUAGCGAUGUUAUUUUUUUCACCAUCGUUGCAAACAUUUGCAAAGCAGUGGGCAGACAAGAGGUCAAAGUAGUAGUGUUCUUUUUUAGCUUCUCAGGCUACAAUAUGGAAGCAUAACUAUAAAGAUGACAUCAUUACAAAUGUACACGUGUGGUUACAACGCAGAUUGUUUUGCCCCAAUGCAUUGUGUAGACUGCACCCCUGCUUGUGCUACGACAUUAUCCUUAGUUUCAACAGACAGAGAAGGUUGUAGCCUACACCCUAAAUGAGCCUACAAAAUGUAUUUAUUUUUGGAAUGUUCAUUGAAAUAGCCGCAGGUUUGAAUUCUGCUGCUCAGAAAUAUGAGGCAGAGACGUAGGCUACAUCAUCAUGUCGAUCAAAUUGGUUGAGGUUUCAGAAGAGGGUGAGUAAAGAGAGAGAUGUGAAGGGGGAGGUUGAGCAGCAGCUACAGACAUUUGUUUUGCGUAAAAUAAUACAUGCGCAGAACGUAAAUCGGAUCUUCAGUUCUGGGGGGGGGGGGGGACAGGGUGGCGGGGCGGUUACCUACGGAUCCGCAGCCUCCGCCUAAAUAUAAUUAUCUCUCUCUGUCUCUCUCUGUGUGUUGUGUGGUUGUAUGUGUGCAUUCCAGGACUGGUGGCUUACGCUGACCUGGACGAGAGAGCCAUCGACGCUCUGAGGGAGUUCAAUGAGGAGGGAGCCCUGUCAGUGUUAAUGCAGUUCAGGGAGAGUGACCUGUCACAUGUGCAGGUGAGUGGUCCUGUCCACACUGUCCCUCAAGAGUAGUCAUACAAAGACGCUACAAAGAGUCAAAGUGAUUUACACUAAAUGCAAUUUGUCCUCUCUCUCUCUCAGAACAAAAGUGCAUUUCUCUGUGGUGUGAUGAAGACAUACAGACAGCGAGAAAAGCAAGGAAGUAAAGUUCAAGAAUCCACAAAGGGUCCUGAUGAGACUAAGAUAAAGGUGAACAAAAUGUUUCUUCUUUUCCCCAUAAGCUGAUGUUUUAACAAUGAUGGACAUAUGGCCUAAAGGCCUCUGAAUGAAUGUAUCUGUCGUUGAUGCUGUCUAGGCUCUUCUGGAAACAACAGGUUACACUUUGGACGUCACCACAGGACAGAGGAAGUAUGGGGGGCCUCCACCUGACGAGGUGUACUCAGGGGCCCAGCCUGGAAUCGGAACAGAGGCAAGAAGCUCAACCUCUUUUCUAUUGCCUGUCAAAGACACAGCCGUCUCAUGCAGGCAAUUGGCUGUUAAGGAGGUGUCCUCUCAAUUUUGGGCUGUUGAAAAAAUCUUUGCAACCUUAUGGAAAUGAAUGCUAGUGUAUUAUGUUUCAACAUUUGUAAGGUGCAAUAAGUCCGAUUUUUGUCCACAAAUACAGGGGAAGUCGGAAGUUUACGUACACCUUAGCCAAAUACAUUUAAACUCAGUUUUUCACAAUUCCUAACAUUUAAUCCUAGUAAAGAUUCCCUGUUUUAGGUCAGUUAGGAUCACCACUUCAUUUUAAGAAUGUGAAAUGUCAGAAUAAUAGUAGAGAGAAUGAUUUCUUUCAUCUUUUAUUUCUUUCAUCACAUUCCCAGUGGGUCAGACGUUUACAUACACUCAAUUAGUAUUUGGUAGCAUUGUCUUUAAAUUGUUUAACUUGGGUCAAACGUUUCGGGUAGCCUUCCACAAGCUUCCCACAAUACGUUGGGUGAAUUUUGGCCCAUUCCUCCUGACAGAGCUGGUGUAACUGAGUCAGGUUUGUAGGCCUCCUUGCUCGCACAUGCUUUUUCAGUUCUGCCCACAAAUGUUCUAUAGGAUUGAGGUCAGGGCUUUGUGAUGGCCACUCCAAUACCUUGACUUUGUUGUCCUUAAGCCAUUUUGCCACAACUUUGGAAGUAUGCUUGGGGUCAUUGUCCAUUUGGAAGACCCAUUUGCGACCAAGCUUUAACUUCCUGACGUCUUGAGAUGUUGCUUCAAUAUAUCCACAUAAUUUUCCUUCCUCAUGAUGCCAUCUAUUUUGUGAAGUGCACCAGUCCCUCCUGCAGCAAAGCACCCCCACAGCAUGAUGCUGCCACCCCGUGCUUCAAGGUUGGGAUGGUGUUCUUCGGCUUGCAAGCAACUCCCUUUUUCCUCCAAACAUAACGAUGGUCAUUAUGGCCAAACAGUUCUAUUUUUGUUUCAUCAGACCAGAGGACAUUUCUCCAAAAAGUACGAUCUUUGUCCCCAUGUGCAGUUGCAAACCGUAGUCUGGCUUUUUCAUGGCGGUUUUGGAGCAGUGGCUUCUUCCUUGCUGAGCGGCCUUUCAGGUUAUGUUGAUAUGGUCCUCUGUAGCUCAGCUGGUAGAGCACGGCGCUUGUAACGCCAAGGUAGUGGGUUCGAUCCCCGGGACCACCCAUACACAAAAAUGUAUGCACGCAUGACUGUAAGUCGCUUUGGAUAAAAGCGUCUGCUAAAUGGCAUAUUAUUAUUAUUAUUAUAUAGGACUCGUUUUACUGUGGCUAUAGAUACUUUUGUACCUGUUUCCUCCAGCAUCUUCACAAGGUCCUUUGCUGUUGUUCUAGGAUUGAUUUGCACUUUUCGAACCAAAGUACGCUCAUCUCUAGGAGACAGAACACGUCUCCUUCCUGAGCAGUAUGACGGCUGCAUGGUCCCAUGGUGUUUAUACUUGCGUACUAUUGUUUGUACAGAUGAACGUGGUACCUUCAGGCAUUUGGAAAUUGCCCCCAGGGAUGAACCACACUUGUGGAGGUCUACCAUUUUCUUUCUGAGGUCUUGGCUGAUUUCUUUUGAUUUUCCCAUGACGUCAACAAAGAGGCACUGAGUUUGAAGGUAGGCCUUGAAAUACAUCCACAGGUACACCUCCAAUUGACUCAAAUGAUGUCAAUUAGCCUCUAAAGCCAUUACAUCAUUUUCUGGAAUUUUCCAAGCUGUUUAAAGGCACAGUCAACUUAGUGUCUGUAAACUUCUGACCCACUGGAAUUGUGAUACAGUGAAUUAUAAGUGAAAUAGUCUGCCUGUAAACAAUUGUUGGAAAAAUUACUUGUGUCAUGCACAAAGUAGAUGUCCUAACCAACUUGCCAAAACUUUAGUUUGUUAACAAGAAAUUUGUGGAGUGGUUGAAAAACUAGUUUUAAUGACUCCAACCUAAGUGUAUAUAAACUUCUGACUUCAACUGUACAUGCCUUUUGUACAACUCCAUAAUUGAUACAAUCAACAUCUACACCAUACAAUGAUUUCAUGGGUCACAAUAAAUGAUACAGUGGCCAUAUCAUCAGAUGAAGCGUAGCAAUAGACUAGAUGAAAGACAAUUUCAGGGAUGAAAAAUUGUCUUGUGAAUCGUGUUGCUUCUUAGGCAAUCCACCAAAAUGCUAAUGUUCGGGGACAGCAUGUCUGAGAUUUUAAAACAUCUGGGCCUAAUCUCUUUUAUGACAGUAAACAGACAGUAAAAAUAAAUAGAGAAGAAGCAAAAAUAUGAAUAAAAUGAUUAAACAUCGCUCUGGUGCAUUGAGUGAUGUCAGUGAUGGAAGCCCACUGGGCACAGACAUCAGUUCAACGUCUAGUUUUGAUUUACAUUUUGUUGGGUUGUCAACUAAUGUGAAUUCAACGUGAAAUCAACAAAGAAAUGUCACCUUGUUUAUUUGGAUCCCCAUUAGCUUUUGAACUUGUGUCAUGCACACAGUAGAUGUCCUAACCGACUUGCCAAAACUAUAGUUUGUUAACAAGAAAUUUGUGGAGUGGUUGAAAAACGAGUUUUAAUGACUCCAACCUAAGUGUGUGUAAACUUCAGACUUCAACUGUAUACCCAAAUUAAAAUCUAUUAUAUGUGAAUAGUUUAUGGUUAGUGAAUAGUGGUCCUCUGUAGCUCAGCUGGUAGAGCACGGCGCUUGUAACGCCAAGGUAGUGGGUUCGAUCCCCGGGACCACCCAUACACAAAAAAAAUGUAUGCACGCAUGACUGUAAGUCGCUUUGGAUAAAAGCGUCUGCUAAAUGGCAUAUUAUAUUAUUAUUAUAAUGCCAUAAUGCAGUUCCAAACUUGCUAGAAAACGUUUGCGCUAUUGGAACUAAAUAAACACUGCACUUUGAACCACAACAUUUUUAGUAUAGGUAGACAAAGGCAGGAAUGUCAACUUUACAUUUUAGUCAUUUAGCAGACGCUCUUAUCCAGAGCGACUUACAGUUAGUGAGUGCAUACAUUUUUCAUACUUGCCCCCCAUGGGAAACGAACCCACAACCCUGGCGUUGCAAGCGCCAUGCUCUACCAACUGAGCUACACGGGACUAGUGAUGUAGUUUUAUUGGGAUUUGCAGCUGUUGUUGGUACGUAAUGAAUCUACAAGCUUCUGAAACAUCUUACUCAGCCUUUAAAGUUAUGAUAUUAUCUAAUAUGCCUUUUCACAAAUCGACCUCUUUAAGUUUCUAGAGAGCGCCAUCUUGUCCAAGUCAAAAAUGCAUUGAAUAAAGUCAAUGCUACACAGUAUGCAUGUAAUUUGACAUUUUGAUCUUAUCGAUGCAGGUAUUUGUUGGCAAGAUCCCCAGAGACCUGUAUGAGGAUGAGCUGGUCCCUCUGUUUGAGAAAGCUGGGCCCAUUUGGGACCUGCGUCUGAUGAUGGACCCCCUCCUUUCGGGUCAGAACAGAGGAUAUGCCUUCAUCACCUUCUGCAAUAAAGAUGCUGCCCUAGAGGCCGUCAAGCUUGUAAGAUUUCCCCUUUUAAUCACCACAAGUAAAGAGCAUGACUUGGUCAUUUACAGUGUUUGCUUCUAACCUUUUAGACAGGUUGGUCACUGUGUCUUAUCAUGCCAGAGUUAUCUGGGAAGUGCAACUGUGCAUGACUUAUCUGUGUGGGGCUCAAUUUUGAGAACACCUUUUGUUGAUAUUUUUGUUCUAGUGUGAUAAUUAUGAAAUCCGGUCGGGUAAAUACCUGGGUGUCUGCAUCUCUGUCGCAAACAAUCGGCUGUUUGUUGGGUCAAUUCCAAAGAACAAGACAAGAGAAAGCAUAUUGGAAGAUUUCAGCAAAGUCACAGGUUAGAGAAAGAUCAGUACCAUUUUUGUAUCAUAUUUCUUUGUGCCCUCAAUCUAAAUAAUGUUUUAUAUUUGAAAUGUUGGCUGACAAGUAAAAGGAAAUUGGAGAUACUUACAUACUUUCAGAGAUAGUUAGUUGGAGAUUAUUACGUUUUCUGAGAAGAUCAGUGAUUUGUUCCUACAUGUUUUAUUCAUGAUUGAAUACCUGGGUACCACACCUAGAUAUAAAGACCUCAAAUCAAAUUGUAUUUGUCACAUACACGUGUUUAGCAGAUGUUAUUGCGGGUGUUUUGCGAAAUGCUUGUGCUUCCAGCUCCUACGGUGCAGUAAUAUCUAACAAGUAAUAUCUAAAAAUGUCACAACAUUUACUAAAUACACACAAAUCUAAGUAAGGAAUAGAAUUAAGAAUGACAUAUCUGCUGUUCUUUCACUGUCUUCAUACUGUAUAUUAGUUGGUGCAGCCCUGUGUGUUCUAUUCUUACCGGUGACCUCAUGUCCUAGUCAAUCAUAUGACACUCAUAUUAUACAAUCAGUGGAAUGGAGGCUUUUCCUGUGAUUUCUUUUUUGGACCAUGCACUUCUGUGUGCUUCCACCAGAGGGCCUCGUAGAGGUGAUACUCUACCACCAGCCAGACGACAAAAAGAAGAACCGUGGCUUCUGCUUUUUGGAAUACGAGGACCACAAAACUGCCGCCCAGGCCCGUCGCCGCCUCAUGAGUGGCAAGGUGAAGGUGUGGGGGAACCCUGUUACUGUUGAGUGGGCAGACCCAGUAGACGAACCGGACCCAGAGAUUAUGGCAAAGGUAAGGUCCUGAAGAUCCCCCCCUCCCUCAGGCUAGUGUCUGACAACAACAAAGGGAUGUUAAAUCACAGAUUCUAGGGUGUAGAGUAAAUACCCAGAUAUCUUUCAUGUAGAAAACAUUACACUGAGAGAACUGGCCGUCCCAUUCCAGAGAACAACUUCUAAACUCUCUUGUGUGGAUCUUCCACCAGGUAAAGGUGCUGUUUGUGAGGAACCUGGCCACACCGGUCACAGAGGAUCUUCUAGAGAAAACCUUCUCCCAGUUUGGGAAGUUGGAGCGGGUCAAGAAGCUGAAAGACUAUGCCUUUGUGCACUUUGAGGACAGAGAUGCUGCCGUAAAGGUGAGUACUGGCGUCUUCUAAACCUCCUUGGAGUAUGCAUGCUAUGUGUUUGCCUUGUGCUUGUAGAGAAUCUCUGGGAAAUUCACUUGGGGAAACCCACCACCGUUUAGGCAAUGCAACAAAUGAACGGCAAAGAAUUGGAAGGCGAGGAGAUAGAGAUUGUUCUGGCGAAGCCUCCGGACAGGAAGAGGAAAGAGCGUCAGGCCCAGAGACAGCCAACCAGGACCUCAGGGUGAGUAGAGGUCGACCGCACCUAGCCACGCCCAGUCCGCUUGGAGUGGCUGGUAUGACUGUAAAAUGUUUUCUUGCCUUCGGAAAGUAUUCAGACCCCUUGACUUUUUCCACAUUUUGUAACGUUACAUCUUAUUCUAAAAUGGAUUAAAAAUAAAAAAAAAUCCUCAGCAAUCUACACACAAUACCCCAUAAUGACAAAGCGAAAAAAGUUUUUUUGUAAUUUUUAGAAAUGUAUUUCAAAUAAAAAACAGAAAUACCUUAUUUACAUAAGUAUUCAGACCCUUUGCUAUGAGACUCGAAAUUGAGCUCAGAUGCAUCCUGUUUCCAUUGAUCAUCCUUGAGAUGUUUCUACAACUUGAUUGGAGUCCACCUGUGGUAAAUUCAAUUGAUUGGACAUGAUUUGGAAAGGCACACACCUGUCUAUAUAAGGUCCCACAGUUGACAGUGCAUGUCAGAGCAAAAACCAAGCCAUGAGGUCGAAGGAAUUGUCCGUAGAGCUCCGAGACAGGAUUGUGUCUAGGCGCAGAUCUGGGGAAGGGUACCAAAAAAUGUCUGCAGCAUUGAAGGUCCCCAAGAACACAAUGGCCUCCAUCAUUCUUAAAUGUAAGAAGUUUGGAAACAACAAGACUCUUCCUAGAGCUGGCCGCUCGGGCAAAUUGAGCAAUCGGGGGAGAAGGGCCUUGGUCAGGGAGGUGACCAAGAACCCAAUGGUCACUCUGACAGAGCUCUAGAGUUCCUCUGUGGAGAUGGGAGAACCUUCCAGAAGGAGAACCAUCUCUGCAGCACUCCACCAAUCAGGCCUUUAUGGUAGAGUGGCCAGACGGAAGCCACUCCUCAGUAAAAGGCACAUGACAGCCCGCUUGGAGUUUGCCAAAAGGCACCUAAUGACUCUCAGACCAUGAGAAACAAGAUUCUCUGGUCUGAUGAAACCAAGAUUGAACUCUUUGGCCUGAAUGCCAAGCGUCACGUCUGGAGGAAACCUGGCACCAUCUCUAAGGUGAAGCAUGGUUGUGGCAGCAUCAUGCUGUGGGGAUGUUUUUCAGCGGCAGUGUCUGGGAGACUAGUCAGGAUCGAAGGAAAGAUGAAUGGAGCAAAGUACAGAGAGAUCCUUGAUGAAAACCUGCUCCAGAGCACUCAGGACCUCAGACUGGGGUGAAGGUUCACCUUCCAACAGGACAACCACCCUAAGGACACAGCCAAGACAAUGCAGGAGUGGCUUCGGGACAAGUCUCUGAAUGUUCUUGAGUGGCCCAGCCAGAGCCCGGACUUGAACCCGAUCGAACAUCUCUGGAGAGACCUGAAAAUAGCUGUGCAGCGACGCUCCCCAUCCAACCUGACAGAGCUUGAGAGGAUCUGCAGAGAAGAAUGGGAGGAACUCCCCAAAUACAGGUGUGCCAAGUUUGUAGCGUCAUACCCAAGGAGACGCGAUGCUGUAAUCUCUGCCAAAGGUGCUUCAACAAAGUACUGAGUAAAGGGUCUGAAUACUUAUGUAAAUGUGAUAUUUCCGUUUGUUUAUUUGUAUAAAUUAGUAAACAUUUCUAAAAACCUAUUUUUGUUUUAUCAUUAUGGGGUGUUGUGUGUAGAUUGAGGGAAAAAACAAUUUAAUCCAUUUUAGAAUAAGGAUUUAGAGUAACCUAACAAAAUGUGGAGAAAGUCAAGGGGUCUGAGUACUUUCCGAAGGCACUGUAUGACUGUAUUAUGAAAAUGUUUUCUGUUCUAUAUGACAUUUAUCUUAUUUCCUAUGUCUGUGUUUGCUUUGUUGUUGUCACAGAUAUGAUGAUUACUACUACUAUCCUGCUCCUCGCAUGCCACCUCCCAUGCGAGGCAGGGGCCGAGGCGGGAGAGGGGGCUAUGCCUACCCUCCAGACUACUACGGUUACGAGGACUACUACGAUGAUUACUACGGUGGUGGUUACGACUACCAUGACUACCGAGGUGGCUACGACGACCCUUACUACGGGGGAUACGAUGAUGUCUACGCGCCGAGAGGAAGGGGGGGCAGGGUGAGUCGGGGUGCCCCCCCUCCCCCUAGAGGCAGAGGAGCACCACCCCCUCGUGGCAGAGGUGGCUACGUCCAAAGGGGGGCUCCUAUGGGCGUACCGAGGGGGAGCCGUGGGGGCCGGGGAGGCCCGCCCCAGCAGAGGGGCCGUGGCAGCAGAGGUGCCCGGGGGAACCGCGGGGACAACGUGGGCGGGAAGAGGAAGGCUGACGGUUACAACCAACCGGACUCCAAGCGCCGGCAGACCAACAACCAGAACUGGGGCUCCCAACCCAUUGCCCAGCAACCCCUGCAACAAGGUGGCGACUACUCUGGUAACUAUGGUUACAAUAAUGACAACCAGGAGUUUUACCAAGAUUCUUAUGGGCACCAAUGGAAGUAGACAAAACAUGAACGGAUUGGGCUUUGACAGCAACCUUUGAUUGGCUGUGUGUAUAUAUCACCCUUCACAUUCAAAAGAAAUAGAAAAAAAAUAAAAAAUGAAUCAACAUGCAUAAAUAACAUUACCCUUUUGGAAAUAUGGAUUUGUUGCACUACAGUAUGGAGCAAAAUAUGAAUGUACUUACAUAAGCUUGCUUAAUAAUUUGUGCUAAUCCUUUUUUGCUUUGCUUGUGGCUACUUGGGACAUUUUUUACUAUUAUUUUAUUAUUUUUUAAAUUUCUGAUAUUUUUUAUUUUUAUUUUUUAAGCUGGCAUUUACAGGAAAAAUUGGACGAUCGUAAAAAAAAAAAAAAAGAAGAGAGAAAUUCUUUGAGAAAGCAUUUGAAAUCAUGAGAAUCGUUCAGUGACUGGCCACCAACCCCUUCCCAGACCCCCCUCCCCAUUGGACAUUUUCCCUCCCAGAUUUCUGAUAGGUAGGCAUAGGACUUUGCUUGUACAUAAAGGCUUUAAACUGAGAGCUUUAUUUUCAGUUUUGUUGCAGAGGUGGGGAAAAAAGGAGAGGAAAAUUGCACUUUUUCAUGUACCGGAAUAGUUACGUAAAAGUUAUAUGUUUAGCAUUUGUAGAAGUAGACAAACUGUGUUUUUCUAAAACUCUUUUCUCUCAAAUUUGCCCUUUUAGAUAAUGGGUCUGGCAAAACCUUAAUCGCCAAGACAAUUAGCUCUUUGAUGUGUUUGUAUUGAUAAAAAUGUUCUUGUUACAUUUCAAUAAAACUCAACCAUACUUCAUUCAAUUAUCAGCAAUUUCAAAUUCAGCCGUGUCAAGUCGUGUCAUGAUUAGACAAAUUUUGACCUCCAUGUUUGGCCUUGAAUGUGAGUGAUCUGAAUUUUUAAAUGAAAGACACACAAUAACUGCUUUUAUUAAGAUCAAAUAGUUAUUUGACUGAUGUUUUGCUAUUCCGUUUUGGGCAUCUUUACACCAAAUAGUGUAAAGUGACAUCACCUGGCAAUUCACCCUAAUGUGCUCUUUCCCCUCCAUUACCCAGCAAUAGAAAUAGUACAGCAUCUUUUUCUUCUUUUUUUUAUCCUUUUGAUUUCUUAUUUAGCUACCCUCCCAUAUUUAUUACAACUUAACAGUUUUAUUUAGUGUUUUGUUUGUUUAAGUUUCUCCUUUUAUUCCGAAUUACCCCAGGUGAAGACGCGAGAACGGCAGCGCUUGAGUGAGUGAGGAACACAUCUAUUCUCUGCUGUGUUCUUCCCCAAAGAAGGGUGAGCCUGGUUUACCUCUUCACCGCUAAACUGGCGCUACUCUCCUCUGCUGAGGGGCCUCAGCCCACUUCACUUGUUUUGCUCAUUAAAAUAAUGCACCAGUUUGAUUACAUCAGCUAG